CAUUUCUUGCUUUUGAAAUUAAAUUAAAAAUAGCUGAGCUCUGGUCAUGUAACCAAAGAGAAUAGUAACAUUUUAAUGCAGAAUAUAUGUAAAGAUCUAGGACAGUUUUUAUUAGGGCUGCCAAAGAACUUUGGACUCAGGUAGAUAUAAGCGGAACAAACUCCUUCACUUCACACAAUAAUAUAAUGUAAUAACCUUCUACUUGAAGUUGUUCCAAUAGAAAAGCUCAGUGCCACAAUAAAAGGAUUAAAUGGUUUUGACUGAUACUGUAAUACUGUUGUUAAGCACUUUUUGGAUGCAAAAAUAGAAUUAUAUAGAAAAACAAACAGCAGAGCUCUCCUGAAAGUGCCAAAGUUUAACAACUGUAAAUCAAUAGUGAUCAAUAGUAAAGCAGUUAUUGCUUCUCUUUGAUUUCCUUGUUUUCAUUUCAGAAUCCUGGUUGAUUAUUAGCCAAACAUUACAAAAUAUCACACCAUCAGUGCAGACAGCCUCUCUGAAGCAUAUAAAAGAAAGCAGCCUUUUACCUGUCUCUGCAAGAUUCUUGAUAACAUUUAACGGUGCAGAUCAGCUCCAACUAACAGAUCAACCUCUCAUCCUGCUCCUGUGACAGAGAGACACCAUCAUGCUCUUGUUCCUCUUCUUGUUUGGUCUGGCUCUCGGUGCUGAGACUCCUUCAGGUGACCAUCAAUUGAAGCUACAGCGUGGUAACUGUCCCAUGUUCUGGUUCAGCUUCAAUGGCCGCUGCUACAAGUAUGUCUCCACACAUAUGACCUGGGCUGAUGCAGAGCUCCACUGUGUGUCAGAGAAGGCCAACCUGGUGUCUAUCCACAGUCUGGAAGAACAGAAGUUCGUCAAAUCCCUGAUCAAGAACUUUGACCAUGCUGAGGGACUCACUUGGAUCGGACUCAGUGACACCCAGAAGGAAGGAGGAUGGAUGUGGUCUGAUGGAUGUGCAGUGGACUUUGACUUUUGGAAUUCAGAAGAGCCAAACAACUCAGGAGGAAAUGAAGACUGUGUUCACAACAACUAUGAUACUGGUCUAAAAUGGAAUGAUGGCAAAUGUUCUGAUACCCUUCCGUCUGUUUGUGCUUCUCGCAUACUCUGUCCUUAGCAACUGACAUGGUUGCUAUGGACGACCUGGUGAAUUUCCACCUGUUGUUCUGUUAAAAUGCAAUGGGCCUCAACAAAAAAGUUACAAAUGUUUAUGAAGAAAAGUCAUUUAUCAAACCUUCAUUUUCACCAGUGUUGGACAUUCAUAAAAGUUUGUCGCUACAGAUAAGACCUGGGCUGAUGCAGAGCUCCACUGUGUGUCAGA